AUGCAACUGGAAUUUGAGCUGAUCGAGCCCGUCACAGCCACGGCCACUCUUAACGACGAGCAUGUGGGCCGACUUCACGUUGAUGAUGUCAAAUGCAGCCUCAACAUGACCACCAGCAAGGUCAGCUGUGACCUUGCUGCAGCAGCGUUGGGUCUCAGCGCCGAUCCUGUUCAGGCUGCUGCUUUAGCUUCGGCCUUGAUCCUGGCCCAGCACUCAAGGUCCAGCCCGGACGCCACCCUCUCAAGAUCAUCACUGGCGCGGCAGGCACCUGCGAUGGCGAUGCCCUCGACUACGCGCCCCUCCGGUCUGGUUACAAGGCUCAAAUCGGACUUUGACAUGGCUUGUUCGCUUCGCCGCGUCGACAUGUGUCUUGCAGCAGAUGACGGGCCUGUUUUGACAGUCGCAACGCAUGACCUCACGCUCAACGGCUCCAAGCAAGGGCACGGCCGACACGCGAUGGGGCUCCUGUCCCUGGCUGGUCAAGCCACAGCCCACCUGGCUGAGAGUGAGAUUCUGGCCAUUCCCAUGCAGGAGCUCUGUCAAUUCCAGCACUGGGCAUUUGUAGAUGGCCGUGGUCGUGGCAAAUCUACGCUCCGCGUUCGCUGCGAACAAAGCCACAUCCGCCUGGACAGACGCUCUCUUCAGACCCUUCAGCACUGGCAUCAACUUGUCCAGCGCGAGAAGAGCGCUGCCGAAGAACUAACAAGGAGUGAGCAGGGCGAGGAUUGCCUGCCAACCAACGCACCGGUCACAACAUCAUGCUCAUCUACUCCCACGGCGCCGACAGCCAUCCCUGCAGCUGAUCGCACCAUUCAAGUGCGGUUGGGUGACUGCUCCUGUGCAAUUGAGGUUGCGCCUGUCUACGGCAACACGAAGCUACCCCCGGCCUACGUAGAGGCCUCCUUGGCUUUGUUGCAUGUUACGGCCGAUGGACCUCAGGUCACGCACCUGCAGCUCCAAGAGCUACGACUGCAAACCUCACGCCACUCCAAGCCCUUGCUCUCGCUGGCAGCAGUGUCCGGUGUUCUAGCGCAAGGCAUCCUACACAUCGAGGCUAGCCCAACCUACCUGUACUGGACCUUGGGACAACAACUGUAUCUCUCAACGGCUGCACAAAUCGGUCGUUCAUUUCGUAGUACGGCCUCCUCACCGCCAAGUUCAUGUCCACCACAACGUAUGCCAUCCAGCAAGACGCUUGAAGCAGACAUGUCAGCCCAGUGUUUCUUUUCGUGCCCACUGGCGCGCUUCGAAGUCGUGCUGGAGGCAGGCACUACACAGCUUGGCUUGAGUGUGCAGGGCGCGCUGCAAAAGCUCGAGGCUGAGCCGGCUUGCCUCGUCAAUGGCCGAGCAGAAUUACGCCUGGACGAUCUGCAGCUGGGCAAGGCGGAGAAUUUGUCCAUUUCACUGGCACAUGAUCAGGCAGGCGUGGCUCGCGAGCGAGCCCUAUUUGUGGAAACCUUGCGCACAAAAGCUCAAUCACACAAGCUGUACUCGCCCAGUGAAAUGGAUCUGGUCUUUGGUCCGGUCGACGCGACGGCUGUUCUCGCACUCUGCAUAUUCCUGUUUCACCCCAUCCUGCUCGCUGAUUCUGGUCUGAUCGCCUGGGCCCCGCAUGUGAAUUCGCACAGGCGAAUAGCCGCGCACACGAUUACAUUGACCGCGCCCCAUGAGACUGACGUUGGUGUAGGCCUCGAGCGGAUCAAGCAGUCUGUCAAUGCCGCACAGCAGCAUGCUCGUACAGCUGCCAGGCCCGCAGAUGCCGGUUCUGCAACUCAGAACCCUGCGCCACCAACCUCACCAGAGUCAGGGUUGUCAGUUCUGCUCGACUUUCAGACCGUUCGCAUCGUGUUUCCAGCUCAGGACUUGGAGCGGUGCCUCCACCGCACAUGGCGUACCUGGUUAGAUGAAGUGGACCUGAAGGUCGCACCACUCAACUACAUGACUAUAACCUACGAAGGCCUGCGCAUUGCUCUCUUCGACUUCAACCCACCCGGCGGACUAGCACACCUCAUUCAGACGUUAGAUCGACCUCGCACGCACAAAGAGUACACUGCCGGGAUCAGCACCAGUACCGUCAGGAAGGUGGGCAUGCACAUGAAUACCAUGACCGUCAAGGUGGCUGAUGCAGGGCUUCCGCUACUUCGGUUUGAGUCAAUGUCCCUCCAUGGCACGAUUGCCAUCAUCUCGCCCAAUCCUGGGCCCUAUGCCGCCCACAACGUUAAUUUGCAGCUGGAUACGGGCGACUCCGUCACCUUUGCACGCAGCGUCACGCCCGCCAAGCUGUAUCACGCUCUCGAUGUGUCGGGCGAUGCCAGCGUCGUCUUCGAGCUCUUGGAUAUCGGUUCCGGCGUAGAUCCUUCCCCACCGACGCCUUGGUUUGAUCGAGCUCGAUUUUUGCGUCACGGUAGCCUGGAUCUGACACUUGGCGAAUUUGAGAUGAUCAACGUCCUCACCAAAGAUCCAACCAACUUUGACGAGCGCCUCAUUAUGCGGGUUCAACCCUGCUCGGCCUAUUGGUAUCAUGCCCAGCUUGGCUGGAACGGCAAUCUGGAGAUGAUACUCCAUUGUGACAACAAAUUUGAUCAAACCCCGCUUAUGGAGUGGCGAGGCAUGCGUCUCGAUAUCUAUCUGCACUGGCUGGCCACAUAUGAUCCCGAUGAUCACCAUCGUUGCGAAGCGGCUUCUGUGCAGUCAGCGCCUGCCCACUUUGAUGUCCUGGAGGGCUUUAGAUCUGAGCGCCUCGACAUGGAUGUUGUCAUGCACAGCACGCCGGAGGAUCAUGAUGGACCGGCUCUGCUGAUGUAUGGGAGCACCGUGCAUUGGUGCCGGCGCCUGCAAGAGGGCCUGGGGACGCUUGGAUCGCCCGUCGUCCGGGGCAAUUUGUUUGCCAAAGGCGGCGUGCUCAAGCCUGCUUCUGAAUGGGCUGUGAACAAAGCCGGCGACUUUCGCUUUCGAAGCCGGUACGAGGCGCUACCUGUUGCCCAAUGCGUCGUGGCCGUUGCUACUGAGCCGAGCCUAGAAUGGGUGCUCACACACGCGGAGACGCAAAUGACGCACUGCCACAUGUGCGUGAUGGGCAAUGAAUCCCACCAAGUGGAACGUGCCGAUGACCCAACAACCACGCUCUACAAUCCAGAGCUGGUGAUCGACUCCGUGAGCAAAGCUACUGCCGUGUGCCGCACACGGGCAACAUAUAUUCGUCGUGUGUUGGAUCUGCCUCUUUCUCAGACCGAUCUCGACGCUUCCGGCAUACCCGUGGAUUGCAGUGUGGACGGCGACGCCUUCACCUUUGACGAGGAGACCUGGUAUCACUAUGCUUAUUCGGACGAAUGCUUUUAUCAGGUCAUGUCCCAGGCCGUGGGUGCCCAAGAGCUUCUGCAGCGAUCCUUUUCCACAAGCAUGCGGCCUGAUACAGCCGAGGAAAUCAAGCAUGCCGGGUCAACGGCAUCACAACCAGCGCCUUCUGCAGCGCGGGCGCUUCUGUUGCGGCAGCUCAUGAGUAGUCGUGCCACCUCACCAAGUCCGACUUCGCAGCGAACGUUUGACAUUGGCAUGCUUUUGGAUGACGCCGAGCUCGUCUCUUCUCACCCGGAACCCAAGGUGGUCCUUCAACCUCAAACGCAUUUCAAUGAGGACGGCCACGCCUUUGUGCAGUGGGUGAAGCUGGUUCACAUGCGCAUGUCGUGGAAUUGGAACGUCAAAAGGUCACCGACUGCAUUUCAGCCGAUCACUUUGCUGGACGACACAGCUACAUCACUAGAUGCCACGACCACCUCAGACCCGUUUGCUGCGCUUCAGUUGGAGUCGGAUACGGAGGAACACAAGUUUUUGGUUGAGUUUGUUAAACCGCAAAUCUGGCUCCAGGGCCCUGUCACAGGCACUUCGCUCCAGCUCGUGUUAACUGCGGAGCGCAGCGUCAUGGAGCAACGCAAUCAUACUUUGGCAUAUCGCCAGGGUCGAUUUGAUAUGAAAGAAUCGCUCAAGGGUCGCCACGAGGACCUUCAGUACUUUGCUGUGCAGCAUGAGCAUCGCCGACCAGUUUGGCUACCUCGUAGUUUGGUGCAACGUCCGGGAUUCCUGAUUGAUGCCAGCGACGAGGACUUGGAGGGUCUGUUGUGGCGAGUGGUUCAUCCAUGCCUCCUUCGUACGGUCAAUGUGACGUAUUAUCACGAUGCUGUGGCAGCGGCACGCCUGUCACGACGGCAGGCACGCCGCCUGCGUACCUUACAACAAGGACGUUUUGAUGACAUAUUUGACACACAGGAGGAGCUCUACGACACCAUUCACGUUCACCACGAUAAAAUCAAGAUGGAAACCACGUCUGCGCAUUGGGCCAUGCUGCAGGAUGUCAUGUAUGAGCUGCUCUUGGCCAAGGACGAUGUGGAGCAGGAAGUGCGGGAUCGUCAAGAAACGCACCAAUACAUCAACCAGUUUCAGCAUCAAGGGCUGGAGGAGCGUGGCCAGCAGGUACAUAGUCGACAAGUGUCCGUCCGGCAACUACAGCGUCGGUUGGUUUUGCUAGAGCGGGAAGCCUGGCUGCUACGCCGUGCCCAGGGAUCCGACGUGGCCGGAACUAACACUGCGGAGAGGACUGCAGCCAUCGCAACCGCAAACGACAUGAAGCGACUUUCUGAGGAGUGGAGCCGGGCCAAGCGGCUGAUGUUAUUGGCCAAGCGUGACCUGCGCAUCAAGGUGACGUCUCUGCGCGAGGCUGCUUUUGUGCCGGGCGAGCUCAGUUACACGCAGGAUCUGGAGCACAUGGGCGUGUUGCGGAGCGAGAUUAAUAACUGGGUUUGGCUAAUGCGCACGUCAGACGCACCCUUUGACUUGAUCGCUGAGAGUCACAGCAGCCAUCUUUCGUACAGCCGUGUAUCACACAGCAAUGGUGCGGGUGAGACCCAGUACGAGGUGGCCGAUGUCACCGUGCGCAACGGCCUACCCAACGAGAGGUACCCCGUGAUUCUUGGGCGCUACCAGGGCAAAGAUGGUGCCGCAUGUGUGGACCGCAAUCAAAUGAUGCGCUACUACACUCGCCAAGCGGCGCCCGUCGGUGGCAUCACCGUGGUUGAGCACACUGAGCUAAACUGUUGUCCACUGCUGGUGCAGCUCUCAGGCCGGCUGGUGAAAGAGGUGGAACGGUUUUUCGCGAUCGAUGAAGACAAGGACAAGGGCGCAGCCGAAGCACCAUCCCGUCGGCGCAUGUCAAUGCGCGAGCGUGCCGAUUCGGAUGUUCGCUCGCUUCGAAAGCUACGAACCAAAAUGUCUGCCAUGCGGUUGCGGGACAACAUUGAGGCCAUGCGUGAGCGCGCGGAGCGCAACACAACCUUUCUGUUUGUAAAAAUCCCCACGCUGCAAGCUUGCGUGAGCUUCAAGGCGGACGGUGCUAUUGGUGACAUUCACAAUUUUGUCAUGUCUGUCCCUACUUUUGAGUAUCACAACGAGACCUGCACGCCCACCGACAUGUUGCGCAAGUACAAGGCCGAUGUCUCCGGGCACGUCCUCGCACAGGCAAUUGGCCACAAGAUGUCACUAUUCCGAUCGGACAGCAACUCGGGGCGUCACGACAAAGCCAAAUCCUCGAAGAGCAAAGACAAGCGGAGGCUCUUCCUUGGAAAACAUGCGAGUGGCUCGGAAGAAAACCUGCACACUCGCACAUCGCGAUCAGGCGUCUUCGGAAUGUUUCGCCGCCGCGGGAAUGCAUCCGAUCAAGUGGCGCCUCCAGUACCCUUGGCCAGCGAAGACGAGGACGGGGAAGAUCUUGACAGCAGCCUUGCUUCCAAAGGGAAUGACCAUCCAGAUUCGGCCUCUCUCGCAUCCUUAUAG